AUGCGCUUCAGCACUUCCACUCGCAACGUGACCUUGGACGAGCGCUGGUUAGAAGCAGAUGUACAAGUCAGUAAAAGCAGUGAAGAUUAUGAGCACGUUGCGUUGAACCUGGAGGAGAUUCUUGGCAUCAACGAUGGCAUGCUCACGAUUAGCGGCAGGGGCCUCCAGAACGACGUAGAAGAUCUAUGGCUCGAGGGCAAUCGACUCCGGGCAAGUCUGUGGGAUGCCCACGAGGGUGACUCUGACCCCCUAAUGGAGUUGGAUGAUGUCUUCGAGAAUUGUGGAGGUAUGCUGCGCCUUUGCUCUUCGUCUGGUACAUCCGCCUGUGUCGUCUGCCGCGACUUCCUUGUAGCACCGACGGCUGUGAUCGAACAGCGCGAUCUGCUGGCCACGCGCAGCGCCGAGACCUGCUUGAGAUGUGCGUACCUACAUACCGUGAUAAUGGCUUACGUGGGUGAGGCCUUCUACAGUGACGGGCCUGCAAGCAUUAAGUUGCAGAUUCGAAAAGAACAUCUGAAAAUGUCCAUAUUUGCCCGCCAUAUGCCGCGAGAGUGUAUUCUCUUCGCGGCUCAGGAUGCCGUCAACAGGUCAACACUCUUCGAAGGGAUGCCUACAGGACAUAAACUCCUGGGCGAUGCUUUCGAAGAUGACGAAAUCCCUUGGGGACUUAUGAAUCAGACUUACAAAGAUGCCAUCAAGUUCUGCCGCAAGAUAGGCGUGCGUUAUCUUUGGAUCGACUCACUCUGCAUCGUGCAAGAUGAUGCCGAAGAUUGGGCUCGUGAGGCGACAAAGAUGGGGGAGUAUUAUGGAGGCUGCCGAGUGUGCAUUGCGGCCACGAGCGCUGUAUCUGGGGACGCUGGGUGUAAUGUCCGGCAGAAUGGAACAAUGAGUUUCGAAGGCACAGGACCUGAUGGACAACCAUAUAUGGUCCACGCUCGCCCUCCAAUCUCUCACUUAUACGACGAUUUCGAGGGCAAGUUACAGGAUACAUUUCCUCUGCUCACAAGAGCGUGGGUAUACCAAGAGCGAUUGCUUUCACCACGUGUUCUACACUUUGGACCGUCUGAACUUAGCCUGGAGUGCAACGAGUCAACCGUCUGUGAAUGUGGUCAAGUGCCAUGGGAUCCUGACUUCGAACUCCUUCGUCAGGCCGUGGCAUCCCAUGACACCGGUGCCAUUGUUGAGCAAGACAGUGAAGCCAGGUGGACUAACAGCUUUGUCCCCCAGCAUGCUAGUGCCGAAGAUCUUGAGGUUCGACUGGCUUGGGACUGGACCGAUCUGAUCGAGACAUACAGCGCCCUGAGCAUAACCUACCCUAAGGAUCGCCUGCCCGCCAUUGCUGGUAUCGCCGCCGCUACGCGAGUCCGACGUCAAGCCAGUGGCAUCCCACCUGGAAGAUAUCUAGCAGGUCUCUGGGAGUCCACCUUCAUGCACGACCUUUUGUGGCAAGUAGACCCACCUUUGGUCCGCAACUCCAGAGGCCAACGGUAUGCUAGUCCGCUUCCGAGACCGAAGGAUUAUAUCGCGCCUUCCUGGUCGUGGCUUAGUAUUCUCGAUCCAAUAUACCACAUGCGGGCGAUUGCUGAGGUGAUCUGCCAGCUUAUGAGUGUGGAGGUUGCCUACCAGAACAAUAAUGUGGCGGGAACGAUCGAGUCUGGCUACGUCCGUCUACGUGGCUAUGUCCGGACUGGCAUGUACGAUGCUGAGGCUUCCAAGAUUCUGUUCGAUCACGGAGAGGACGUUCCGUGCUUUCCAGAUUGCGGAGAAGACGGGUGCUCUGAGAGUACGCAGUCGAUUGGAGGCACGAGAGGAAAUGUACACCUACUUGCGAUCGCCAAUAGAGAACCAUUGGAGUCCAACGUGCCGGGACACGACAGUAGCAAAUAUGAUACAGUCUGGCUUGUGCUCCGGAUGAAACAUUACAUAUCUGAUUGCCCUUGUUUCGAGAGGAUUGGUUGCACUUUCGCCCACCUCGAACGAGCGAACAACGAGGCUGCUGAUGUUAUCAUCAUCUAA